AUGACUGAAACCACAUCGCCAACACCGCCAAAACCCAAAUCGCCCAUGUCGCCCACGGCACCACCACCUGCUACUGCUGCGGCGGCGCCUGAGGCUUCGGAUUCACAACCUUCGACCUCGUCGCCCCGUGAUCAGCCAGAGCCUGAAACUCAAAAUGAUUCCGCUGCCCCAUCGACCUCUGCUCCUCCCAACCCGCUCCCAGUGGAUCUGCCGCCACCGCCGCCUGAAUUACGCUGCUCAUCGCCGUGCUUUUUGGAGGGGGACGACGAUGACCCGUGGGGGGAAUUCGGUGUCGACGAUGACAAGGGCCCCAACGACGAAAAAGCAGCCAACCACCUCGACAUCGCGCACCACCUGUUCCUGCUCACGCUGAAAAACAAGCUGCACCUGGCGCCCAUCGGCGACAACCCGCAGCGCGUGCUGGACAUCGGCACGGGCACGGGCAUCUGGGCCAUCGACUUUGCAGACCAGUACCCGUCCGCGCAGGUCAUCGGCACCGACCUCUCGCCCAUCCAGCCGUCGUGGGUGCCGCCCAAUCUCAAAUUCGAGAUCGACGACGCAGAGGACGACUGGAUGUACCAGAAGAACAGCUUCGAUUUUAUCCAUGUGCGCAGCCUGUUUGGUUGCAUUGCUGACUGGCCGAGGUUCUACCGGCAGGUUUUGAGACACCUUAAACCCGGCGGCUACUUCGAGCAGGUCGAGAUGGCCCCAGGCUUCAAGUCAGACGACGGCUCGCUCGACCCCAACACGCCGUACGGCUACUGGCACGACCUGGGCGUCGAGGUAGGGCGCAAGAUGGGCAAGUCGUUCGAGACCAUGUACGAGAUGAAGGGCUUCAUCACCGAGGCCGGGUUCGAGGACAUCCACGAGACGACGUACAAGUGGCCGAUCGGCCCGUGGAUGGAGAGUCGCGAGGACAAGGAGAUCGGCAUGUGGGCGCGCUUCCACAUCGAGGAAGGGCUGGAGAACUGGGCCAUGGCGCCGCUGACCCGCGUCAUGGGCUGGAAGAAGGAAGAGGUCGAGAUCACCAUCAUGUCUGUCUUACCUACCUCCUUUUUCUCCCUAUCGCAACAUCUUGUAGUAUUGAACUGCAGAAAAAAGAAAAAAAAACAAGAUGUACUGAACCUGAGUAUCAUGACGCCCAUUUAUCUCAAUUGUGUAAAACAUGAACCUAUAGUCUUCAUCCUUUCUAGAAAGGACCACCCUAGCAGAAGGGCUCCUAAGACAAAGAAUAUCAAAACUGCCACCUCAGAACAACCACAAAGUGGUAUCAUCAGCAUAACAAUUUUAAACCUGAAACAGAACACUGAGAAGUCAGCAACUAAAUUACCUACGCCAUAUAGCAGUUUAACAAACAUACUUUAA